AUGGAGCAACGAGACACACCACCACAGCAGCAGCAACAGCCCGCGCAGCAGGCAUCGAGUCUGCAGGCUGACCCGCCGCGAAGAAACAACCACAAGUCCGUCCGAGUAGCGUUUGGCCCCGAUCUUGAGACGCAUAUCCCGCCGCGCGAAAGGUCCCCCGCACCACCUUUGUCGAACCACCACCGUUCUUUCACAUCUGUCGAACAGAAACAGCUGUUCGUACCGCCGGGUCGACCGACGAGCUCGUCGGGUGAGAACUCGAAUACCACGCCGACCGAGAAUGGCUCGCGGUAUACGUCAGAUCAGGCUGGAUCCGAAAGUGGCGGUGGCAGCGGAGUAGGACGGCCAACUGCGGCUUUGAAGAGGGCCAAGAGUGAUUAUGGCCCGCGCGGAGGUUUUAGUACGCCAAUGCUCGUGGAUAACGAAGACGAGGAAGACUUUGCGAUGAGGCAUGGGUGGCAGGAGGAAUACACCUCGAGCGAGUAUCUCAAGGUUCUUCAUUCGAACUUCUACAUGUAUUUCACGGAAAAGCGCCACGAGACGAGUGGCUUCCCGAGAGAUCCCGUCGGAAGCUGGCCAUCGCAGGACUGGCGAAUGAAGGACCGCCUCAAGACUGUUUCCGCCGCGUUAGCGAUUUGUCUGAAUAUCGGCGUUGACCCUCCGGACGUCGUCAAGACAAACCCGACGGCUAAACUGGAGUGCUGGGUUGACCCGACGUCUACUACUGGUGGUGGCCACAACAAGCUGAUGGAGCAGAUUGGGAAGAAGUUGCAGGAACAAUACGAGACGCUUAGUCUGAGGACGCGAUACAAGCAAUACCUCGACCCUUCCGUCGAUGAAACUAAGAAGUUCUGUGUUUCGCUUCGUCGGAAUGCCAAAGACGAACGGGUUCUUUUCCAUUACAAUGGGCACGGUGUUCCUCUGCCAACACAAUCGGGUGAGAUCUGGGUUUUCAACAAGAAUUACACGCAGUAUAUCCCGGUGUCGUUAUACGACCUACAGCAAUGGCUUGCAGGGCCUAGUCUCUUCGUUUUUGAUGUGUCUCAUGCAGGCAACAUUGUGCAGAAUUUCCACACAUUCGUCGAGAAGCACGAGAAGGAAAAUGUCGAGCAGAAGAGACUUGAUCCGAACGCCCUUGUUCAGAACUAUGGGGACUGCAUUAUUCUCGCAGCAUGUCAGAAAAACGAAUCGCUUCCUACAAAUCCGGACCUCCCGGCGGAUUUGUUCACAUGCUGUCUUACCACACCAAUUGAAAUUGCACUGCGGUUCUUCAUCCUUCAAAACCCCCUGCAGUCCAAUGUCAAAAUCGAUGAGUUCCGAGUCCCAGGUCGUUUACAGGACCGCAGAAGUCCUCUUGGAGAGUUGAAUUGGAUUUUCACCGCAAUCACCGACACUAUUGCCUGGAAGACUCUUCCCCGGUCUCUGUUCAAGAAACUCUUCCGUCAAGAUCUCAUGGUUGCGGCUCUUUUCCGGAAUUUCCUACUUAGUGAACGGAUCAUGCGCACAUAUAAAUGCCAACCGAUUUCAUCGCCCGAGCUUCCCGAGACGCACAACCACCCGCUGUGGAAAAGCUGGGAUCUGGCUGUUGAAAUGGUCCUCGCUCAGCUCCCUGCUCUAAUCGACCAUGAGGAGGGCCGUCGGCAAUACGAAUACCAACACUCCACUUUCUUCGCUGAACAGCUUACUGCUUUCGAAGUGUACCUAUCCUCUGGGCCAACUGAAAAGAGCCCACCAGAUCAACUCCCCAUCGUUCUUCAAGUCCUUCUGAGUCAGGCACAUAGGUUAAGAGCCUUGAUUCUGCUCAGUAAGUUCUUGGAUUUGGGACCAUGGGCCGUCCACUUGGCUUUGAGCAUUGGUAUCUUCCCAUAUGUCGUCAAGCUUCUGCAGUCGGCAGCUCAAGAGCUGAAGCCGGUCAUGGUGUUCAUUUGGGCACGAAUAAUGGCUGUCGACCAUACUGUUCAGAAUGACCUCUUGAAGGACAAUGGAAUCCAUUACUUCAUCUCUAUUCUAAACCCCAACUCGCCUAUUCCAGUGGGAAAUGCCAGCGAACACCGGGCUAUGUGCGCGUUUAUUGUAUCGAUAUUUUGCAAGAAUUAUACCCAAGGACAGAACGUUUGCCUUUCUUCGGAUCUCUUCGAAUCCUGCUUGAUGCACCUGGCGGAUGUUGAAAACCCAUUGCUACGACAGUGGUCCUGCCUCUGCAUUAGCAUGCUGUGGUCUGAUUUCCCAGAAGCCAAGUGGAUGGGAAUUCGUUGUGCCGCACACAAUAGACUUAUCGACCUUAUCUACGACCCUGUUCCGGAAGUUAGAGCCGCAAUGCUACAUGCUUUAACAACAUUUAUUGGUAUUCCGGAUUUGACGGAUCAAGUGGCGCAUAUCGAGGAAAGUAUCGGAAUGUCCGUGCUGCCCAUGUCAUCAGACGGUAGCGUCAUUGUCCGGAAAGAGCUCCUGGUUUUCUUCUCCACUUUCGUGAAACGCUAUCAGAACAAGUUCCUGGUUGCCGCUUACGAAGAACUCCAGGAGGAGAAGCAGGCCCUUCUUAAUAAACUAGGCCUAAGUAGCUCUCGCGAUGCGCAAACUAGCGAAGACGGUUCAGAGACCACCGCAGUCAAGCCGCAGUCAAUGUCUCGAAACACCAUCUUUGGGGCAGUUUGGAAGCAACUUCUCGUUAUGUCUGUCGACCCGCAUCCUGACAUUGCACAGGAUGCAGGGUUGAUUGUUGAUUUUAUGCACUAUUGUCUACUUGACUCACCCAUGGCCACGCUAACUGACCGACUCCGUAAUGAGAUCAUGGAUCUCUCAAGCCGAGUUGACCAGCAGUCACGGGUUCGCGAAAGGCCGAAUCCGAAUAGGGCCGCGCCACCACCUCCUCCGUCAGCGCCCCCCAAACCGGAAGGAUACAUCUCGUUGAGUCUUAGGCGAACUGCUAGUGUAGCAGCUUCGCUCAAAAACCUCGCAUUCGGUGGCCCGUCACAAGGAGACUCUCUAGAGUCGCCGCCCCUAACGUCACCCAAGAGCCGUGGUCCAGCAACCCCACGAGGCCGAGCUCCUCCCGAAUGGACUCGGCCUCCUGAAGUCAAUGACCAACUUGCUUCCCCGACAACAUACCAGCGAGCCCCGGUCCCUACGUCUCGAGGAUUUGAACGGAAAGAUCCGUCUUCGGUCCCAGUCAUACCGUUGAUGAGUAGAUUCUUAGAUUGGUCCACAGAGGUAAUUCCAGAACUCCACCAUUUGAUAAGCGCAAAAUACUUGGAAGACGUCAAACAUAUUCUUACCCAUGCCCAGUACUUCCGGGAACCCCAGAUGAAACCCAACGAGCCCGACGAGCCCGGUAGCUCAGAUUACAACGAGCGUCUCUGGAGACGUAGCCGCAACGAGAAGAUCAUCUCUGAAACACAACCCCUGAAGGGCAAGGCAGGUAGCACUCGGUGGGAUAACUCGAUAGCACUGCUGUCCAAUACCACCCAACCAUUGAAGAUGUGCUUCCACCAGUUUGAAGACCAUAUUGCUGUGGCUGACGACAGGGAUACAAUUGCCAUUUGGGACUGGCAGAACCAUAAGCGCCUAAACCGCUUCUCCAACAGAAACCCCUUGGGAUCUAAGAUUAACGAAGUCCGUUACAUCAAUGAAGAUGACCAGGCACUUCUGAUGACAGGAUCGUCUGAUGGCGUGUUGAAAGUGUUCCGCAAUUAUGAAUCUUCAAAGGACGUUGAGAUUGUGACAGCGUUCAGGGCUCUGCCAGAACUAAUCCCUAGUAAUCGAAACGCUGGUCUUGUGCUUGACUGGCAGCAAGGUCAGGGUAAGGCCCUUGUUGCUGGCGACGUCAAGGUCAUUCGCGUUUGGAACGCAGCUACAGAAGUCUGCACUAACGACAUUCCUGCACGCUCCGGCUCCUGCAUCACCUCUUUGACGUCAGACCAAGUGGCGGGUAAUAUCUUUGUCGCUGGAUUCGGUGACGGCGCGGUUCGAGUCUUCGAUCAGCGUCUCAAACCCACGGCGUCGAUGGUCAAAGUGUGGCGAGAACACAAGCAGUGGAUCACAAACGUCCACAUGCAACGCGGUGGUCUAAGGGAACUUAUAUCUGGCAGUCGGAACGGCGAAAUCAGGCUCUGGGAUCUGAGAAUGGAUAACCCCGUCUCAACAAUCUAUGGCACAAGGGACACUCUACGUACAUUGAGUGUCCACGAGCAUGCGCCUGUCUUCAUGGUCGGUACGAACCGUCACGAGGUGAAGACCUACAAUGUUGACGGGACACAUCUCUCCACCUUCGAGCCCUACUCAAGCUUUCUCUAUCACAACCGCUCUUCACCAAUCUCCAAUACCGCAUUCCACCCACACCGUACCCUUUUCGCCUGCGCCGCUCUCAACGAUAACCACAUCAACCUCGUGAGCUGCUAG